UUCUCUCACAAACUCCUUAAACCCCAAAACUCUCCGCCCCCACGAAAACCCUAGCACGCCAUGGCCCUCGCGCUGCGCCUCCGGCGAGCCCUCGCCGCCGCCUCCACCUCCACCUCCGCGCCCCUCCUCCUCCGCCCGGCCGUCUCCGUCGCUGCAUCCUCCUCCCGUUCCCUCCUCCUCCCCGCCCCCUUCGUCCCGCCGCUUCCGCGCCCGUUCCUCCCCGGCGCCGCCGCCGCUGCCGGGUUCCGGUCGACGGCGGCGGCCGCGGCUCGAGGUGACUACGGUCGCGGGGCGGACGAAAACAAUAUCGGCCCCGACGAGAUCCUUUUCGAGGGGUGCGACUACAACCACUGGCUCAUCACCAUGGAGUUCCCGGACCCCAAGCCCUCCCGCGAGGAGAUGAUCGAGACCUUCCUCCAGACCCUCGCCCAGGUCGUCGGAAGUUAUGAAGAGGCUAAAAAGAGGAUGUAUGCUCUUAGUACGACAACAUAUGUUGGGUUUCAAGCUGAAAUUACUGAGGAGAUGUCAGAAAAAUUUCGCGGAAUGCCUGGAGUUGUUUUCAUCUUGCCUGAUUCAUAUCUAUAUCCAGAGACGAAGGAGUAUGGAGGAGACAAAUAUGAUAAUGGCGUCAUAACCCCAAGACCGCCACCUGUUCAAUAUAGCAAACCGCAAAGGACUGACAGAAAUCGCAGCUAUGGUGGAAACUACCAGAACAGUCCACCGCGAGGAAAUUUCCAAAACAGCCCUCCACCGCGAGGAAAUUACCAAAACAGCCCUCCACCACCAGGAAAUUACCAGAACAGCCCACCGCCGCAAGGAAACUUCCAAACGUACAGCGCGCAUCAAGAUAGAAGAGGCUAUGCUCCACAGCAGAACUACGCACAAACUGGACAAGACAGUAGAGGUUAUGGGAGGAAUGAUUCUGCAAACCAAUCAGGUUACAAUGGACCACCUGGUGGUUACCAAGGGCAAGCAAAUCAAGCUGGUCAAGGUUACCAGAACCCACAAGAGCACAGAAACUUCUCGCAAGGACAAGCAGGCGAUUUUAGGUCUACUGGCACUUCAGCACCUGGAAAUUAUGGUCAACCGUCUGCACCUGGAACUUACGGGCAACCGUCUGGAUCUGCAACUUUUGGGCAACCGUCUGGACCUGGAGCUUACGGGCAACCAGCUGCACCAACAAAUCCUGGAGCUAACCAAGGGGGUCCAGGUUAUGGUGGAGAUAACAGACAAGGGGCAGGACCUGCAUAUGGAGGAGAUAACUUGCAAAGGGGUUCUAGUCAGUAUCCUAGCCCAAAUGAAGGACAAGGGAAUUGGCAGGGUAGGCAGUAAGGGCUUGAUGCGAGCUUCACCGAAGGACAAGGCAGUAGUUGCUCUACUUGAAAUGUAGAAAUUUCUACCUGUAAAAUAAACGACCGAACUGCUUUACUACAUUAUGAAUGUGUGUUGCUACUUGCUACUUGCUACCAACAGUCUGGGUAAAGGAUUUGAUUCUUUUUUGUAGCCAUACGUUUGACAUUUUUAAAGUCUGGAACGGUCUGUGCUUCUGAUGGACGAUCCAUGUGUUAUUUA